UAAAGAGCCUAAAAACUCUAGUGGUACAAUGGAGCAGCAGUGAGCAGUGUCCCAUCCAGUAACUCUCUUUGAGUGCCAAGUUCUCUGGAGUUGCACAACAACUAGGCAACCAUGUCAAGACGAAGGCACAUUGAGCCCUCAAGCCUCUUGAUUUGGGCAUUGUUUCUACUAAUGGAAGGUUCAAAGUCUCGCUCCAUGGAAUUUGCACCACAGAUUCUUGAUCACCCCUCCAACCUUGUUGUACGUAAGGACCAGCCUGCCACCAUGAAUUGCCGUGCUGCUGGAAAUCCAGCUCCCACAAUUGAAUGGUAUCGCAAUGGGAAGUCUGUGAAAACCAGCAUAGAUGAUGCUACUUCCCAGCCUACUCUUCUACCAGAUGGAUCCCUCUUCUUCCUCCGCCUCAGCCAGGAGAAGGGAAAAUCAGAUGAGGGGGUAUAUCAUUGCCUGGCCAGAAAUCACCUGGGUACAGCCAUGAGUAAAAAUGCAUCACUUUAUUUAGAAG